AUGAAAUCUCAAAGUCUCACACAAAACCUUUUCUUUAUUCUUUUAUUCACAAUUCUUACCACUUUUGUUCUGUCCAUCACCUGCCCACAAGAAUUUACUGAAGAAGUUAAUUAUACGAAUGCAAAAGAGCGCUACACAGUUUCACUUAAAAAACCCGGAAAAUCCUCUGUUGAAAAUCCAAUCGAAACUCAUUACACCUAUUUACGUGAUUGUAUGAAUAGGAUUCUAGUUUAUUCCUCACAAGUUGAUUAUUAUGGUAAAAUUAAUAAUACCAAAAUUAGUGAAAAUCAAGAUGUAAUUUAUAUUUUAGAAAUUGUGAAUAUUUAUUUUGGGUGGUUUGAUCCAAGAUACGUUGAUGAAAAAUUGAGCAAGUUGGAAAUCGUUAAUUCUGCCGAAAAAGAUCAGAAAGUUUCUAUUAAUUAA